AUGUUAACUCCCAUUGAUCAGACCAUAUAAAACGAAAUGAUUAACCAUAUUAAAUUCAGACGAAACCAAUUGUCCGAUCGUUCAACACAAGUUAAGGACAAAUCUGUAAAUAGAUGACAUCAAAUUUCGUGCUAUAAGCCAUGAAUAUUAAGUCUAGAAGACUCGGUGGCUCUAAGAAGGUAACAAUCAUUGGUGGUGGAGUUGGUGGACUGACAUUGGGUGCUAAACUGGCUCAAAAGGAUUUCGAUGUUACCAUUUACGAGAAAAACUCUGACUGUGGAGGUCGAUGUUCGCGAGUUCAUCAAGAUGGAUAUGCCUUUGAACAAGGAGCUAUUUUGUAUUUGUUUGACGACAUUUACAAGAGAACCUUUAGAGAGCUUGGUGAAUCUAUGGAUGACCAUGUUAAGUUGAUUGAACAUGAAGAUCAUCAUCAAGUCUUUUUCGAGAAUGAUAAAUUUGAAUACUCAAACGACAGGACACGUUUAGCUCAAGAAAUUGAGAGGAUCGAACCAUGUGGUAAUGCCAGAGAAAAGUUGGAUAAUUUUUGCAAUGAAUGUAAAUGCAUCGAGAAAUUUGUUACCGAAAAUGUUUUCUAUCGAACUUAUGAUACUAUUUGGCAAAUGCUUUGGUUCUGCAUUGCGAAUCUAAUCACUAAUAUCAAGAUCUUAUGGACAGCACUCAUGUAUUCAAUGCAUAGCAGUGUUAACCGGUAUUUUAAAAACGACUUAGUCUGCCAAGCUCUAACCUUGCAAUCUCUUUAUUUUGGAAUAUCACCAUACACUGGUUCAUCUCUAUUCAGUAUUUUGGUUGCUUAUGAAAUAGCGUCAGGCCUUAAAUAUCCUCAAAAAGGAAUGGUGAGCAUCGUUGAUGCUUUGGAAGCGAUUGCCAUUAAGAAUGGAGUGAAGAUACAAAAAAAUAAAGGAGUUGACAAGAUUUUAAUAGACAGAAGUAAUAAAGCAACUGGUGUUAAACUGGACGAUGGCACUAUUGUCUCAUGUGAUAUUGUUGUUUCCAAUGCUGAUUUAACUUACACUUAUAAUGCUCUUCUACCGCCAACUAAAUAUGCAGUUGAAUUGACCAAAAAAGACCAUGUUCCAUCAACGAUUACUUUUUUCUGGGGAAUGGAUUCCAGAAUUAAGGGACUCAAAAGUCACAAUAUAUUUAUACCUUCCGACUACAGAAAACUGUUUGAAGAUAUUCACGACAAGAAGACAAUUCCUGAUGAUCCAUCAAUUUUCAUUCACAUUGCCAAUCGCAUGGAUCCAGAUUUGGCUCCUGAUGGUAAGGACGCACUGACCGUUAUUGUUCCCAUCGGAGAAAUGGCCGGUUUACGAGGCGGUUUCGAGAAAAAGGUUGAAAAAGUGAAGAAAAAGGUAAUUGCAAAAUUGGAACAUAAAUUGGGAAUAAAGGAUUUCGCCAGCAAGAUUGUUACAGACAUACAACCAGAAACACCAGAUUCGUGGCAAAACAAAUUCAAUUGUUGGGGAGGAACCAUUUUAGGGAUCUCUCACAGUUUAACCAAUUUACUUUACUUUCGACCUCAACAAAGGUGUUCAGAGUUUUCAAAUGUUUACUUUGUUGGUGCUUCAACUCAACCUGGUGCUGGAGUUCCACUAGUUAUGUGCUCAGCUCUUUCGUUGGUCCCUAAAAUUGAAGCCGAUCUCGCCAAGUCAAAGCUUCGUUUCCAAUGAAAAGUUUCAUCCUCUCAUCAUAUUUCAAACCACAACAGUCAAAGUUUUUUACAUAUAUUUUUUGGUGAUAUUUUUCUACUUACCCAGAAACCAAGUAAAAGUAUUAUCCAAAGGGCCAACAAUGUCGCGAAAAAAAUCAAAUUUGUUUGAAUGACAUGUUAAAAUCAAUUAACGUGAUUCAUAAUUUGAGUUACAUUUUCAGCUUAAUAGACUGAAAUUGAAAUACAGUUUAGACCAGCAAAACACGAAUAAUUAAUAACGGUAAAAAACAAAUAAGCUUAAGCUUCUUUUGUUCAUUUGCAACUUUCAAUGUUGAAAAUCAAUUUAGUGUAGUGAUCAGAUCAGACUAUAUCGAAAGGAUUGAUUUCAGUUAUACUCACAAGGUACCCGAUAUGGUACAAUUUUUUCGAGCUUAUAUUGUAUUAAAGAGAAUAGAGGUUGAACAAAUCAAGAAAUGUUACUUUAUCUUUCGUUUAUCAUCAGACAUUUGCAUAUGAAAUGAGACAAAUGAAGCUUGCCAAUGUAAAGUAUUAAUAACGAACUUGUUAAAUAGUUUAAUGAAAAAUUUUAUACAAUUGAUCAAUAAAAUCUUGCACUUUAAGAACCUAAA